AUGUCUUCGUCCUCUUCGCCAAGGAUCUCAAAUCUGUCAGACUCAAACGAUGGCAGUGGCAUUCGCAAAAGAGUUGGCAAGGCCUGCGACAGAUGUCGGCUGAAGAAAUCAAAGUGUGAUGGAGAUUUGCCCUGCGCCCGGUGUAGCGCUGAUAACGUUGUCUGUGUGUAUGGAGAGCGCAAGAGGACACACGACAAGACCUACCCCAAAGGAUAUGUUGAAUUACUGGAGCAUCAGCAAACGUCGCUGGUUUUCGGUAUCCAGGAGAUGUAUAAGAUGUUGGUCAAGGGGAAUAAGUGGCCUGGCAAGCCAUUAAAUAACUCUCAUAAUGGACAUCCCUUGACACACGACAUACUGGAGCGACUGGGGGCGCUGAAUCUAGGAGAUGGGCCGGCAAAUGCAAAGUUGCCAAGAUUCGAAGAAGAUUUAGAAACGAUGCAAACUCAGCUGUUACGCAAGAGCCCAGAACGAGCUCAACCUAUCCAGCAUACCAGACAAAUGGAGCUGGCCGAAGAGACAGACGUGAUGGACCUGUUAGAUCAAUCGGAGAAAAUGGAUCUUGUAGAGGAAGAAGAUCUGGGCAGAGAAUCUAUGGAUUCGACUUCUGAUGGGACUUCUCCUCUUUCUCACACUCCCGACUCUUCCUCCCCGUCUAGUCUUUCGAGCCCGGUGCUAGAAGACACCUCCUUUGUCAUGGACAGCUUCCCCCAAACACUCUCUGCGUCAGAGCCUAACCAGGCCCAUAGUCAACUGGCUGCGUCCCUACAGCAGCUAUAUUAUGCUCAGCAACAGGACCAGCAGACUGCGUUCAACUCAGCUGCGCUCUUUUCUGACUUGGCUGCUGCACGGAGUGAGGGCAUUGUUUCGCCGCAGAGUCUCCAGUUGGGGUUUGCGGAUGCUCUUCUGACAUUUGACAAUAUGGAUUCAAUUCAAUCUCAUAGCAUGUUUCCAGACUUAACCAGCCCAGCCCUUGUCUAA